GUUGUGUGUUGCUGCUCGGUGAGCAGCGGAAGGACAAGCUGAGGAGUUACCUGUUAGCAUCAAGCUAAAACUGUCAGUUUUUAUCUUCAACUAACUAGUUGUUACCGGAUUCUAACCUGGUUAGUGAAGCACAACUAGUUGGUGGCGAGCAGGAGUCUGUCGACAGCACAGACUCAUUAACUCAUGUGUUAUCAGUGUUGACAUGUAGCUCAGCUGCGGGAUGAACUGUGGAAGGCUGCAGGUCAAAAUCAAACGAGUCUGUCCGAGAAAGAGGUCCAGAGGCGGGCUGAAGAGCCCGGAGCCAGCCGGAGGCAGGAGCGCAGGGGAAGGCGGCUCUCCGAGAUGUUCCACCGGCAGGAGAAGCAGCAGCAUCAUGGAUGAAGCAGCAGCUCCGGAGUUCUGCAGCGACAGCGAGGAUCUGUUCGGCGGCUACGACAGCCUCCUGGAGGACCGCUCUCUGCUGGCCAAGCUGGACGCUGCAGAGCGACAUGAAGGCCGUGGAGCCGUGGACCAGCAGGACGCCCUCACAGACUCCAUCCUGGACGGCCUCGGCGCCCAGGAGCCUCUGGAUGGGCUGCCGCCCAGCCAGCUGCAGUUCCAGCAGGAGGCCGAGGCCAAGAGGAGCCGGCUGCAGGACGGAGACCAAACCUCCACACCGUCCAGAACCCCGACGGAGGCGGCCCAGGAGACCAGGGAGGACAGAACCCGGAGGAGACGGAGCGUGGCCGACCAGCUGAAGAGGACGAUGCUGGGCAACGCCGCCGCCCCGGCAGGCGUCUCUCGGACGGCGGCGCUGAAGGAGGCGGUGGUCUCCGAGGAGAUGAGCGUCGCCAUGGAGACGGUGUCAGCGGGGGGCACCGACCUCGGGCCGUUCUUCGGUCUGCCGAGCCGAGUGAAGGAGCUGAUGCUCAAACUGAGAGGAAUCAGCAGCUUGUACGACUGGCAGCAGACGUGUCUGAACCUGGACUGUGUCCAGCAGAGGAGGAACCUGAUCUACUCGCUGCCCACCAGUGGAGGGAAAACUCUGGUGGCAGAGAUCCUGAUCCUCAGAGAGCUGCUGUGCAGGAAGAAGGACUGUCUGUUCAUCCUGCCCUACAUAUCGCUGGUGCAGGAGAAGGUCCGAGGGCUGGCGAGCUUCGGCCUGGAGCUGGACUUCAUGGUGGAGGAGUACGCCGGCAGCAAGGGACGGUUUCCUCCGGUGAGGCGGCGGAACCACAGGUCUCUGUACGUGGCCACGAUCGAGAAGGCCCACAGCCUGGUGAACUCCCUGAUCGAGGCCGGCCGGCUGGAGGAGCUGGGGCUGCUGGUGGUGGACGAGCUGCACAUGCUGGGCGACGGCAGCAGAGGGGCGGUGCUGGAGAUGACGCUGGCCAAGGUUCAGUUCAUGAGCAAAACCACUCAGAUCAUCGGGAUGAGCGCCACUCUGGGAAACAUCAGAGACCUGCAGACGUUUCUGAGGGCUGAGAACUACAGCGACGACUUCAGGCCUGUUCAGCUGAAGGAGUUCGUCAAAGUGAACGACACCAUCUAUGAAGUCGACCCAAAGGAGGAAAACUGCUUCAGGUUCUCACGUCUUCUCAACUUUAAGUACUCCAGCUCCAUGCAGAAGGUGGACCCGGAUCACAUCAUCGCCCUGGUGACCGAGGUCAUCCCGACCCACUCCUGUCUGGUGUUCUGUCCCACCAAGAAGAACUGUGAGAACGUGGCCCAGAUGAUCUGCAGAUACUUGAAGGAGGAGUUCCUGCAGCACCACGAGGCCGACAAGUCCGUCCUGCUGCGGCAGCUGAAGGAGGCCGGCAACGGGUCGGUGUGUCCGGUCCUGAGCCGGACGGUUCCGUACGGAGUGGCCUACCACCACGGCGGGCUGACCUCCGAGGAGAGGAGGCUGGUGGAGGAGUUCUACUCCGGGGGAGCGCUCUGCCUGCUCGCCUGCACCUCCACGCUGGCAGCAGGCGUCAACCUGCCGGCCCGCAGGGUGGUCCUUCGCUCUCCAUACGUGGCCUCAGACUUCCUGAAGAGGAGUCAGUACAAGCAGAUGGUCGGACGAGCUGGUCGGGCUGGAAUCGACUCAGUGGGAGAAAGUAUCCUGAUCCUGCAGGACAAGGACCGGAGCCUGGACUUCCUGCGCUGGACGCUGCUGUUCGUGCAGCAGCAGCAUCUGUGUGUCGACAGGAGUCUGACGGAGGUUCUGCAGCAGAGCGUCGACUUUCUGAAGGACAAAGAUCUGAUCACAGAGGACGCUCACAGUCUGAAGGUCACCAAGCUGGGGAAGGCCACGUACAAAGGCUCGGUGGACCUGACCUACAGCGACGUUCUCUACAGAGACCUGUCCAGAGGCCUGGAGGCUCUGCUGCUCAACAGCUACCUGCACCUGGUCUACCUGGUGACGCCCUACGACCUGGUGCCUCAGUGCAAGCCCGACUGGAUGGUGUUCUUCAGACAGUUCACGCUGCUGUCGGCUGCAGAGCAGAAGAUGUCGGCCGCCGUCGGAGUCCCAGAGAGCUUCGUGGCGAGAAAAGCUGCCGGACAGACAGUGAAGACGAGCGUGAACCAGGCGGUGGUGGGGAGGAUGUACCUGGCUCUGGUUCUGCUCUCGGUUCUGAAGGACACCGACCUGUGGAGCGUGGCCCAGCGCUUCCAGCUGAGCCGAGGCUUCGUCCAGACGCUGCUCAGCUCCUCGUCGGCCUUCUGCUCCUGUGUGCUGCACUUCAGCGAGGAGCUGGAGGAGCUGUGGCCCUUCAGAGCCCUGCUGGCCGAGCUGACCAGGAGGCUGAGCUACUGCGUGAAGGCCGAGCUCAUCCCUCUGAUGGAGGUGGCCGGGGUCACCGAGUCGAGGGCCAAGCAGCUGUACAACGCCGGCUACCGGACGCCCACCCACCUGGCCAACGCCGACGCUGCCGCUCUGUCCAGGAGCGUAGAACACCUGUACAGGAGACAGGCCAAUCAGAUCAUAGCUUCUGCCAGAGUGAGUCUGUCCUCAGAAACAGUGACGGCUGAAAGGGAACUGGAUGUAGGCCGGGACCAGGGGAGGUAUGGCAUCCAACUGGAUGUAGGCCGGGACCAGGGGAGAGCUGUAAAGAGGAACCACGUCUGA